UAAGUCCUUCCUGCGCAGAGACCGGCAAGAUGGCAGCGGACACGCAGGUUUCAGAUACGCUGAAGAAAUUUGCAGCAAACGUGACUACGGCGAGUGUGAAUGAGCGCAAGGAGAUAUUCAGAGAGCUGAAACAGUGUAUAAAGGGCAAAGAGUUACCAGAGCCUGCCAUCAAAGGACUAUGCAAGCUCUUCUGUCUCACUGCUCACAGAUAUCGGGAUGCUGCAUCACGCAGAGAGCUCCUCUCUGUCAUUGCCCAGCUGGCGGAGAGUCAGCCCAACAUCCUGGUCACCAGCCUCCUUCACUGCCUGCUGAACAGUGGAGUCAUCACCAAGAGCAGUGAGCCCAGUAAAAGUUCGGGCUCUGCUGCCUUCAUCUGCCUGUCCUGGACCUGCCUUGUGGUUCGCAGUGUCUUCUCUGCCCAAGAGAAAAGAGAAGGACCCAUCUGGAAGAAAAUGGUAGAGGUUCAGAGCCUUCUUGUGGCUGAAGUAGUGGGGGGAGCCAAGACCACUGCUCAGAAAUCAAUCCUCAAGAAUUUCAGUCACCUUUGGGAGGAAAACUCUGGACUGGUUGAUGAAUAUGUCAGCACUCUGUUGAGUUUGGACCAGAACCCUACUACUCUGGUCAUGCUGGGGCUGUGCUUGGACUUCUGCACUGCUCAGAAAGACAAAGCUACGAUAGAAAAACACAAGAGUGCGCUUUUGGACCUGUACACAAAGUCGGUGCUCAUGAGCAAGACGAAACCACGACAACAUAUUCUGGAAAAAAGCAGCGCUUUGCUGCGUCAUGUGUCCCACUCUGAGUUCAAGGAGCUAAUUCUCCCAACCCUGCAGAAGACGAUGCUCCGCAGUCCAGAGAACGCCAUGCAAACCAUUUCCCGCCUUCUGUCUGCUGUAACUCUGGAUCUCAGUCAGUAUGCCAUGGAUAUUGGGAAAGCCAUUGCAAGCCAGCUGAAAGCAAAUAAUUCCCAGCUGAUGGAGGAGGCAGUCCAGGCUAUGCAAAACCUGGCCCAGCAGUGCAGUGACCCUUCCUCCAUUCAGGACAUCGUCACACACCUCUUCAAGAUUCUUGGAGGGUCAGAGGGAAAGCUCACAGUUGUUGCCCAAAAGAUGAGUGUGUUGUCAGGGAUUGCAAGCUGCAGCCACCAUGCGGUGUCAGGAACCUCCAGCCAAACUCUCAGCUCUGCAGUCACUGUCAUGUUCAUCCCUUAUUUACAACAAGAAGUUCAUGAGGGCACCUUGGUUCACGCUGUGUCCGUGCUAGCUCAGUGGAGCAGUCGUCUAACAGUGGAAGUCCCAGCUGCUCUGAUAGAUUGGUUUAAGAAAGCGUUCACCCUGAAGACAUCCACCUCUCUCGUUCGAAGCGCCUAUCUUCAGGCAAUGCUGGGGGCUUUCAGAGGUGACACUCUGGCUCAAGCCUCAGACUUCAUGCCACUGCUCUUCCAAACAGUGGAGAAAGCGGUGGCACAAAACUCCCAGCAUGCUCUACUUGCAGAGGGUGUGUCUGCUUCUGUGCUUUUGAGUCGGCUGGCACUGCUGGAGGCUCAGACAGAGGCAAAGUUUUCUGGCUUUUGGAAUCUUAUCUUGGAUGAGAAAAGGCCACUUUUCACAACAGAGAAGUUUCUUUCCCAGGCCAAUGAGGAAACUCUGCUCACAGUACUGCUGCUAUGUGAAAGGCUCUUCCUUGACCACGCUCACAGGCUCAACAACAGCAAAUCCCAGAUGUAUCAUCUUGCUAUCAUUGGGGUGCUGCUGUCCCGAAGCUGGCGUGUAAGGAAGCGGGCACAACAGACUGUGAAGAAGCUGCUCUCCUCUCUGGGUGGGUCAAGUCUUGCCCAUGGUCUUUUGGGAGAACUGCGUGCGGUCAUCAACAAACACAAGAUUUUGCCCCAAGACGUCCUGGUCUCUGAGUCGGGAGAGCUAACUGAGCUGGGUCGCAACUAUGUUCCACCUCGUAUCCUGCUGGAUGCUCUGUGUGUUGUUUGCUCCUCUGCUAGCCAAUGGGGUGAUCCUGCCGAAGCAGAGAACUUAGCCAUGGAGACUCUAAUAGUCACUCAUCAUCCAUCUAUUGUUGAAGCUCGCCAUGGUCUCUGGCCUUUUCUGCUCCUCUCCAUGAACAUAAAAGCAAGUGAAUUUAUAGAGAAGAAUCUGGAGGCUAUUCUGCCACAUCUACUGGAGGUCAACGCUGACAACAAGGCGGUGAAAAAUGCUGUGGGUGCCCUCUGCAGCCUCUCUCCCGACAAGCUUCUUCCACGUGUGAUCAGUUAUGUCACUGAGGGGCUUGCAAAGCCCUCUCUACUUCAGGUCACCAGGGAGGAGUAUGCUAUCAUGCUCACUCCUGAAGGAAAACUGUAUGAUGACAGUAUCAUCCAAAGUGCCCAGAAGGAAAGCACCAAGAAAGGCAACAUUAAGAGAGAGAACAAGGCCUACUCUUACAAAGAACAGAUCAUUGAACUGGAGUUACAAGAGGAGAUAAAAAAGAAAAAAGGAAUCAAAGAAGAAUUGCAACUAACCAGCAAACAGAAGGAAAUGGUACAAAGCCAGCUGGAAAAGGAGGCAGCUAUCCGAAAGAGACUUCAAGGGUUGGAUAUAGAGUUGCAGAGUUUGGUGGGUCUGCUGGAAGCUACCCUGAUCGAAAAGCCACCUCAAAUCACAAGGGAGCUCCCUGCUGCCCUCCAGGCCCUAAUGCCUCUGCUACAUUCCCCACUCGCAGCUCCACGUAUCCAGCAGCUCUUCUUGGACAUAGGAGUGUGCCUUAUGCCAAAAAAUCUUCAUCACCUUGCUGUACUUGUUGGGCAUGUGACGUUACGACUAUUAAAGCCAGAGUGUGAUCUGGAUGAGGCAUGGGGACAGGAGGACCUUGAUACAGCAGCCCAUCGUACAGUAUUACUGCUACACAACCACACCGUCCCACAGAGGGACACCAAGACUGGUGAAGGGACUCGACUGUCUGCCCCUGCCUUCUCCUUUUGCUUCCCUCUCCUCAACGUUAUGCUCAGGGAGUCUUCAGGCAGCACUGAGGAGACGGAAAACUUGAUGGCCAAAGCCUUACAAGUCAUCACUGAACACUCCCAGCUUCGGGCCGCCACAGACAAUGAUGACAUUGUUAUUGAUGAGAAUGGCCCAGAACUGCUUCCACGUGUCAACAUGCUGCUACUCCUGACGAGGGUUAUCUCCACCGCUACCCCAAGACUCCAGGUGCUGGCCUCUCAGUGCCUGACAGCUCUUUGUGCCAGUGCUGGAGGAGGAGACGGCUGCACUGUAGCAGAGCAGCCGGAGAUAGACGUCCUACUCAAUGCCCUGCUUUCACCCUGCUUCUCCGUCCGAGAUGCUGCCCUCAGGGGAUUGUUGGAGAUGGAGUUUGCCCUACCCACUGACAGUUCUGAGACCAGUGGUCUUAGUUUGCUACGCAGGCUUUGGGUUGCGAGAUUUGAUGUUGAGGAGGAGGGUCGAGCCUUAGCUGAAAAACUCUGGGAGUCUCUGGGUCUUGAGCUGGUUCCUGAAAUCUGUUCCCUGCUGAUUGAAGAUGUCACCCACCAUGAAGAAGCAGUCCGAUCUGCAGCUGCAGAGGCUCUGUCAAGCGCUGUUUCCCAGUACAAAGACCAGUCUGCUGCAGUGCUCGGCCAGCUCACUGAGCUCUACCAUCAGAAACUCUAUAGACCCCCUCCUGUGCUGGAUGCCUUGGGCAGAGUCAUCUCCGAGGCUCCACCUGACCAGUGGGAGGCCAGGUGUGGAAUCGCUCUGGCUCUGAACAAGCUAUCGAUGUAUCUGGAUGAAUCUCAGGUCACUCCUCUCUUCCUGUUUUUUGUCCCUGAUGCACUGAAUGACCGCCAUCCUGAGGUGCGGCGCUGCAUGUUGGAUGCUGCACUCUCUGCCCUAAACACUCAUGGAAAGGAUAAUGUGAGCUGCCUGCUGCCAGUUUUUGAGGAGUUUUUAAAAAACGCCCCCCAGGAUGCUAGCUAUGACUCUGUCCGUCAGAGUGUGGUUAUUCUUAUGGGAUCUUUGGCCAAACAUCUGGACAAGAACGACCCCAAGGUCAAACCCAUCGUGGCCAAACUCAUCACUGCACUCUCUACACCUUCACAGCAGGUCCAGGAGUCUGUUGCAAGCUGUUUACCUCCUCUAGUCCCUGCAAUUAAGGAAGAUGCUGCAGGAAUUGUAAGGAACCUGCUGCAGCUGCUACUAGAGAGCGACAAGUAUGCUGAAAGAAAGGGAGCAGCGUACGGACUGGCUGGACUGGUCAAAGGUCUCGGGAUCCUGGCACUGAAACAACAGGACAUAAUGACCACAUUGACAGAUGCUAUCCAGGACAAGAAAAACUUCAGACGGAGGGAAGGAGCGCUGUUUGCAUUUGAGAUGCUGUGUAACAUGUUAGGUAAGCUGUUUGAGCCAUACGUGGUUCAUGUGCUGCCACAUCUGCUGCUCUGCUUUGGCGAUGGAAAUCAGUAUGUAAGAGAGGCUGCAGAUGACUGUGCCAAGGCUGUGAUGAGGAACCUGAGCGCCCAUGGAGUAAAACUGGUCCUUCCCUCACUUCUAGUGGCCCUUGAGGAGGAGUCUUGGAGAACUAAAGCAGGCUCAGUGGAGUUGCUUGGUGCCAUGGCUUUCUGUGCACCAAAGCAGUUGUCCUCCUGUCUGCCCAGUAUUGUUCCCAAGCUAACUGAAGUGUUGACUGACUCCCAUGUGAAGGUGCAGAAGGCCGGUCAGCAGGCUCUCCGUCAGAUCGGCUCUGUAAUCCGCAACCCUGAAAUCCUUGCAAUUACCCCCAUUUUGCUGGAUGCUCUCACUGACCCGUCCAGGAGGACCCAGACAUGUCUGCAAACACUGCUGGACACAAAGUUUGUACACUUCAUUGACGCCCCCUCCCUUGCUCUUAUCAUGCCCAUCGUGCAGAGGGCCUUCCAGGAUCGUUCCACCGACACUCGCAAGAUGGCCGCUCAGAUCAUUGGCAACAUGUACUCCCUGACCGAUCAGAAGGACCUAUCGCCCUACCUACCCAGUGUUAUUCCUGGACUGAAGGCAUCUCUGUUGGAUCCAGUGCCUGAGGUACGCACAGUUUCAGCCAAAGCCCUGGGUGCCAUGGUGAAAGGGAUGGGCGAAUCCUGCUUUGAUGACCUGCUGCCCUGGCUCAUGGAGACAUUGGCCUCUGAACAGAGCUCUGUAGAUCGCUCUGGAGCUGCACAAGGUCUGGCUGAGGUCAUGGCUGGACUUGGCGUGGAGAAGUUGGACAAACUGAUGCCAGAUGUGGUGCAAACAGCCAGCAAGGUUGACAUUGCUUCCCACGUCAGAGAUGGCUACAUUAUGAUGUUCAUCUACCUGCCCCUCACCUUUGGAGACAAGUUUACUCCCUACGUUGGACCUAUCAUUCCCUGUAUUCUCAAGGCUCUGGCUGAUGAAAAUGAAUAUGUGAGGGACACUGCACUUCGUGCAGGGCAGCGAAUCAUUAGCAUGUAUGCUGAGACUGCCAUUGCACUUCUGCUUCCUGAGCUUGAACAGGGCCUGUUUGAUGACCUUUGGAGAAUUAGAUUCAGCUCUGUGCAGCUGCUUGGAGAUCUGUUGUUCCAUAUAUCUGGAGUGACUGGAAAGAUGACAACAGAGACUGCUUCUGAGGAUGACAACUUUGGAACAGCAGCAUCCAAUAAGGCAAUCAUUGGGGCUCUUGGUGCUGAACGGCGAAAUCGUGUCCUCUCCGGCCUCUAUAUGGGCCGUUCAGACACUCAGCUUGUGGUACGACAGGCUUCUCUCCAUGUUUGGAAGAUAGUCGUGUCCAACACUCCCAGAACUCUUCGGGAGAUCCUCCCAACCCUCUUCACUCUCCUGCUGGGCUUCUUGGCUUCCAACUGUCCUGACAAAAGAACGAUUGCAGCCAGGACCUUGGGUGAUCUGGUUAGGAAGCUAGGAGAAAAGAUUCUUCCUGAGAUUAUUCCCAUCCUGGAGGAAGGACUGCGCUCUGAGAAGAGUGAUGAGAGGCAGGGAGUCUGCAUUGGCCUCAGUGAGAUUAUGAAGUCUACCAGCAAAGACGCGGUGCUUGUCUUCUCGGAGUCCCUGGUUCCAACAGUGAGGAAGGCUCUGUGUGACCCUCUGGAGGAGGUUCGUGAGGCUGCAGCUAAGACUUUUGAGCAGCUUCAUGCCACCAUAGGUCACCAGGCACUGGACGACAUCCUGCCUACUCUGCUCAAACAGCUGGAUGAUGAGGACACCGCUGAGUUUGCUUUAGAUGGACUGAAGCAAGUUAUGGCAGUGAAGAGUCGCUCAGUGCUGCCAUACUUGGUUCCAAAGCUGACUGCUCCUCCUGUGAACACCCGUGUGUUGGCGUUCUUAUCAGCUGUGGCUGGUGAUGCUCUGACACGCCACCUUGGCGUAAUCCUGCCCGCCAUCCUCGGCUCCCUCAAAGAAAAGCUGGGAACAGAGGAUGAACCACAGGAGCUGUGCAGCUGUCAGACAGUUCUCCUCUCAGUAGAAGACGAAGUCGGCCAGCGAAUCAUCAUAGAGGACCUGCUUGAGGCUACACGAGGCGCUGACCCCGGCCUCAGACAGGCCUCUGUCACCAUCCUAAAUGCCUACUUUGCCCGCACCCGUCUAGAUUACAGCGCCCAUACCCGCACCCUGCUGUCAGGGCUAAUUCGCCUUCUGAAUGACUCCAACCCAGAGGUCCUGUCUCAGAGCUGGGACACCAUCAACUCCAUUACCAAGAAACUAGAUGCAAGCAGUCAGCUGGCUCUGAUUGAUGACCUGCAUCGAGACAUUCGAUCAGCAGCUGCAGACGUCAAAGGUCAACAUCUGCCUGGUUUCUGUCUGCCUAAGAAGGGUGUCACCUGUAUCCUGCCUGUGCUGAGAGAAGGUGUCCUCACUGGUAGUCCAGAGCAGAAAGAAGAAGCUGCUAAAGCCUUGGGAGGGGUCAUCAAACUGACCUCCCCUGAGGCACUGCGGCCUUCUGUAGUCAACAUCACUGGACCGCUUAUUCGUAUUUUGGGAGACAGAUUUGCCUGGACAGUGAAGACAGCUCUGCUGGAGACUCUGACGCUGCUUCUGGCAAAGGUGGGCAUUGCCCUAAAGCCUUUCCUGCCUCAGCUGCAGACCACCUUCCUGAAAGCUCUGCAGGACUCAAGCCGUGCUGUGAGGCUGAGGUCUGCUGAGGCUCUCGGCCAACUGGUUUCUAUUCACACUAAGGUGGACCCGCUUUUUACAGAGCAGCUUUCUGCCAUUCGCAACGCUGAGGACUCCGGUGUAAGAGAGACUAUGCUCCAAGCUUUAAGGUUUGUCAUCCAGGGGGCCGGGUCAAAGGUGGACCCAGCCAUCCGCAAGAACAUCUCUCCCACAUUACUGGGCAUGCUGGGACAUGAUGAGGAUGCUACACGGAUGGCAUCAGCUGGCUGUGUUGGUGAGCUGUGUGCCUUCCUGUCAGAAGAAGAGCUGAAGAGUUUGCUACUUCAGCACGUCUUGGCGGACGUUUCUGGUGUUGACUGGAUGGUGCGUCAUGGCCGUAGCUUGGCACUAGCUAUAGCUGUCAAAUCUGCUCCUGAGAAGCUCUGCGGGAAGGAGUACUGUGAUACUGUGACAGAGACAAUUUUGGCCAACGCCACUGCUGACAGGAUCCCCAUUGCAACAAGUGGGAUCAGAGCCAUGGGAUACCUGAUGAAGCAUCAUCUCAAAACUGAAGGAGGCGGUAGUGUUUCCCAGCGCAUCAUCACACAGUUUGUUAAGUGUCUUCAGAAUCAGUCCAGUGACAUCAGAUUGGUGUCAGAGCGGGUGCUGUGGUGGGUUUUCAAAGACCCGGCAACUCCCUCCAUGGAGGCCUCUCUCAUCAAGCCCCUGCUGAAGAGCCUGCUGGACAACACCAAGGACAAGAACACCAGUGUCAGAGCUCAGAGUGAACACACCAUCGUCAAUCUGCUGCGACUCCGCCAGGGAGAAGAAACGAUGCAGAGUAUAACUGCCAUUCUGGACUCUGCAAGCAACGACCUGCUGUCAGAGUGUCAUCGACGCUCCUUAAAGAAAAUCGCCAGCCAACCAGACUCCAAUGAAGAGAUUGAUGACACCAUCCUAACAUGAUGGAGCAGGACUGAGAAAUACUAUGAUCUUUGUAGAUCCCCACAACCCCCAAACAUUACACAUGCCUGUGUUGCCUUUGAUUGACCGUGGCUGAAAUGGGCUUUCCCAAAUAUUAUCAAACCAAUAUUUUUUUGUUCUUUUAGUUAUUAUUUUAGCAGUCUUUCAUGCAUUUUUUUUAUUUGAUCACUAAAUGACCAAAUAUUCAUGUACUGACCCACAUAAGGCCAAUUCUGUUUUGAUGUUUCAAUGUUUUGCUCUUCAUUGUACCAAGCAAAUCCAAACAUUUAAAUGCUGUUGGUAUGAAAUAAUUCCCCUAUCUUUAACCUUCAGUUGGACUUUUGUGACAGAGAUUUUAAAGGGGGAAAUCAACCUCUUGUAAGAAUAACAUCUUUUUUUUUUCAGUGACAUGGUUGUAAUAAGGCAAUACAAAAUAAAAAUAUCUUGAUUUGA